AUGGCCGACUCGUCGCGCACGGGCACUUGUUGGUCUCCCUCGAGUCCGCCGAGCUGUAAGCGCAAGCGCAGGUGGGACGCCGAGCCGCCGUGCUUCCUUCGUGUCUCGCCAGACAGCGGCUCCGACUCGCUCGACCCGACUGCCUCGGGGGGCGCGAGCCGAGAACCACAGGCACCAGACCCUGUACCCCAGACUCCCCUCGAGCCUCAGCCCAAGCUGUGCCAGGAGCAGCAGGACCUGGUCGACCUGAUUGCCAGCGGCCGCAAUGUCUUCUACACUGGCUCGGCGGGAUGUGGCAAGUCCACCGUCCUCAAGGAUGCUCUCCAGAGACUCAAGGCCAUGGGUCUCAUCGUCCACACCCUGGCGCCCACCGGCCGAGCCGCCCUCCAAGUCAACGGCACCACGACGUGGUCCUACAUGGGCUGGACGCCCGACCACCACAAGGUCCCCAUGGACAAGCUCACAAAACUGGCCUUUCGAAAGCAUGUCCGGCGACGCCUCAAGAGCACCGAUGUACUCAUCAUCGACGAGAUCAGCAUGGUCGAGAACCAUCACCUAGAGCGCAUCAACAUCUGCAUGAAGGAGGCGAGGCGUUGGAAAGAAAACAACGUGGCCGCGUUUGGCGGAGCACAGGUCGUCGUCACGGGCGACUUCUGUCAGCUGCCUCCGGUCAAGCCCUUUCAGCACUGCAUCACUUGCGGCCAGGAGAUGACCAUGGAUGAGCACGGGACCGAGUACAACUGCCCGGACAACCAUGGGCCGUUCCGCGAGCACGAGAAGUGGGCCUUUAUGAGCGACGCAUGGGAAGAAUGCGAUUUCACUCACGUCCACCUGAAGCAGAUUCAUCGACAAAACGACCAACACUUCAUCAAGAUGCUCCAGAAAUGCCGCCUUGGAAUCCCAUUCUCGCCAGACGAGACCAUGACGUUGAUGAACCACCCGUGCAAUGUUACCAACGCAACCCGCCUCUUCUCAACAAGGGCAGAGGUCACCGAGGUCAACCUGCAGAACUUCAGCAAGCUACGGACCCCGAUCGUCACUUAUCAGACUUUGGACGGCUUUGUGUGGCAACACGUCGAGCAUCCUCACCUGGAGCAUUGCAACGAUCGCCUCCCGGACGGCUCCUUGGCGGCUCUGCAGGACCAUCGCCUGGAACGACGCGUGGAGCUGAGGGUAGGCAUUCAAGGCAUCAUCUGCGGAUUCGAAGACCACGAUCCUGCCAAAAUCCCGAGAGCCAAGCCAUACAAUGAUAAGCCCACAAGCCGUAGGAACAACCACGAGGAGCUCAGAGAACGACAAGUAAUGCGCUUCAUGAGCGGGCAGAGCAACAAGGUCUGGCCCCGUGUGUUGUUCCACUGCGGCGAGAAGCGCACCAUCUACGCUGGAUGUGUCGUCAACUCGGUCGGCAACCAGGAGCCCUACUCCCUCCUGCACCGCACACAGGUUCCUCUUGUCGCCGCCUGGGCCAUGAGCAUCCACAAGAGCCAGGGCAUAACGCUGGACCGCGUCAUUGUCAACCUGACCAAGGCUUUUGAAGAGGGCCAGGUUUACGUUGCGCUGAGUCGGGCGACGAGUAUGGAGGGACUGAAGGUGGAGGGGAACCCAGACGGGCUGGCUGUCGGGCGUGGAGGCAACCCCGACGUACAGCAGUUUAUCCGCGAAAAGUUUGGGCCGGGACUCGUGCGGGAACAGCCGGGAACGCCCAAUGGUGCCCGAGACCGUCUUACUUCGCAGCCGUCUCAGGCAAAGCCCCAAGGCGGCUAG